UGAAACUACUGCAGAGUGCAGACUGCAAACCUUUAAACCCUGCCAACAGAUCGCUUACCGGCGUCAAACCCCGUUGAUAAUAGACGAUGAGAUUCUCAAAUUCACCUUCGACAAUCUCGCCAUGGCUGUUCCAGCCUUGCAGAAACGCCACGCCCAUAUGCUCUCAUACUCCAAAUCGAUUCUUGAGCUCAGAAACAAUGAUUUCGGAGGAACAAUCAGUAGUUCCGGCAGAACCCACUUCAGAGAUGGAAUCUACAGAGAAACCCAAGUCCCAAAUUGAGAUUUUGGAGCAACCCACUUCUGGAGAAUCCAGGUAUGACCAAAAUACCUCACCCAUUUCGCAAAUUCAGCAAGACAAAGACGUCUCUCAGGAUCAUGUAAUAGAGGUUCUUCUGAACAACCAGCACGAUCCUUUAUCUGCUUUCAAAUAUUUCAAACGGGCUCAGAAACAGAGAGGUUUCGCUCGAGGUGUGGAUGCUUUGUGCAUUGUGCUUCAUAUUCUUGCACGGUCGAGGAGCUCUUGGGCUGCUCGACUUUUGCUGAAUCAAUGCAUUUCUGCUAAUUCUAUCCCUAGGGCAAGUGUCAUGGUUGAUUACCUAAUCGAGAGCUCAGAAAGGUGCCAAUCGGAUUCCCGUGUAUUUGAUUAUCUGUUGAAAAGUUAUUUACUAGCUGGGCGGCUCGAAGAGGCAGUUGAGUGUUUUGAUACAAUGACUAUGAGGAGCAUCGUCCCUCAAAUUGCAUACAGAAAUAGUCUUCUGAAUGCUUUAGUUCGGGCCAACAUGACUGAUAAAGCUCGAAAUUUGUAUUGGAAGAUGCUGGAAGAAGGAAUGGACUGCGAUUGCUUUACUCUAGAUGUGAUGAUGCGUGCUUGUUUGAAAGAAGGGAAGCCCGAGGAAGCUGAAGAGUGCUUUCAGGCAAUGAAAGUUAGAGGAUUUGAAAUAGAUCCUGUCACAUAUGAGACUGUUAUUCGCGCUGUUUGUAGGAAACCUGAUUCAAAGGCUGCCUGUGAGUUGUUGAGGGAGAUGAAAGAUAUGGGCUGGAGUCCGUCUGAGAUCACUUAUUCCGGUGUCAUUGGAGCUUGCAUAAAGCAGGGGAAUAUGGCUUUGGCUUUAAGAUUAAAGGAUGAAAUGGUGAGUGAUGGCCUGCCAAUGAAUUUGGUGGUAGGGAGCUUAAUUAAGGGGUAUUGCUUACAAGGCAACUUGGAUGGUGCUUUGGAUUUGUUUUCCAAGAUGUCUGAGAGUGGAAUCCAUCCAAACAAAGUCACAUUUGCGGUUCUCAUUGAAGGUUGCUGCAGGAAUGGAAUGAUGGAGAAGGCCCAUCAGCUUUAUAACCAAAUGAAACUUAUGGGUAUCCCCUGUAGUGUCUUCAUUGUCAACUCCAUGAUCAAGGGGUUCUUGAAAGCCCAAUUGUUAGAACUGGCAUCUAAGCUUUUUGAUGAAGCGGUUGAGAGCGAUGUAGCUAAUGUGGUCACCUACAACAUUCUCAUACACUGGUUCUGCAAAGAUGGUAGGGUAACUGAAGCUUGCCAUCUAUGGGAGAAGAUGUUGAAUAAUAGGGUGGAACCAAUCACGGUUUCUUACAACAUACUGAUACUUGGUCACUGCCGACUAGGGAAUAUGGACUUAGCAUCUUCUGUUUUCUCUGAAAUGCAUCAGAAGGGUAUCAAACCUAAUUUGGUCACCUAUUCGAUUCUGAUGGAUGGGUAUUUCAAGAAAGGUGAGAUUGGUCAAGCUUUCAGUGUACAUGAACAAAUGUUGAGUUGGGGGAUUUCUCCCAAUGACUUCGUAUACAAUACAAUCAUAAAUGGUCUCUGCAAAGCUGGUCGGACAUUUGACGCAAGAGAAAUGUUGAAAAAGUUCAAGGAGGAGGGCUUUAUUCCCAUCUGUAUGACGUACAAUAGCAUUAUUGAUGGAUUUAUAAAAGAGGGUUCCAUGAACUCAGCAUUGGAGACUUAUCGAGAAAUGUGCGAGAGUGGAGUAUCCCCUAAUGUUGUUACUUAUACAUGUUUGAUUGAUGGUUUCUGCAAAAGCAAUAAUCUUGAUGUUGCUCUGAAGAUUCAGACUGAGAUGAGGGCAAAGGGUCUUGAGCUAGAUAGUGCUGCAUAUAAUACUCUUAUAGAUGGUUACUGUAAAAGAGGAGAUAUAAGACAUGCACAUGAACUUUUCACCGAACUUCUUGAAGUUGGUCUGACCCCAAACACUGUUAUUUACAAUAGUCUUAUUGGUGGCUUUAGAAAACUAAACAACAUGGAUGCUGCAGUUGCCUUGCAUAAGAGAAUGGGUGAAGAAGGAAUUCCAUGUGAUUUAGCAACUUACACAACCUUGAUUGAUGGAUCACUUAAAGCAGGCAAUAUAACGUUUGCAUCAGAGCUUUACACUGAUAUGCUAGAUAAGGGUAUUGUGCCAGAUAUUAUCAUUUUUAGUGUUCUUGCACAUGGUCUUUGCAGUACAGGGCAGCUAAAAAAUGCACAUAUAGUCUUGGCAGAGAUGAAUAAGAAGAAAAUGUCUCCUAAUGCUCUUAUCUAUAACACAUUAAUAGCUGGAUACUUCAAGGAAGGAAAUUUGCAGGAAGCUUUUAGAUUGCAUGACGAGAUGCUUGACAGAGGCCUUACAGCAGAUGAUACAACUUAUGAUUUCCUUGUAAAUUCCAGGUUUGAAGGAAAAGCCCCCUUGCUGGGGGCAUGAAGUGCCUUGAAAAUAUCUCUUCAAAUGGUUACAGAUGGUUGACAACAUAUUUUCUCUUAUUAACAUGACCAGAAAAUAUCUCCAAACCUUGUGGCAUAUCUUUGCUUGCUAACUACGACUUCAAAUUGGGUGAGCGGUUUUGCUGUACCGAUACUUGACCUUUUGUUUUUCUAUUCUACACUGGAUUAGUCUUCUUUUCUUUUACCAUCACGGUGAAACUCAUGUGAAACCUUGCAGUAUUUCAUCAUUGCUUGUUCUCUUCUGUUGUGUCUAGGAAGCUGGUGACCAUAAAGAGGUCAUUCAGCUUUGUGUACUCUGGUCUGCUGUUGGCAAGGGGUCUUGUCUAAAGUUUGUUACGAGUCAUUUGUGGCAAGUUUCCAUUUUUGUAAGAGAGGCUAUGCUGCAGGAUAACAACACUAACACUACUACAGAAAAUCAGGAUCACAAUGAAUAAAAAACACAGAAUCUCAGCAAACAUCAUGGAAACAGAACCGCAAGGUAUCUUCUUGUCUCCAACCAGCAAAUUGAUGAGGCAGCGUGGGUAUCCAAGGACCAAAUAAGUAUCGCAGCAACUGCUGCAGGGAUCCUUCAAUUAGAUCUCUGAUGUGAAGAAAAUAUCAAAACAGUAGUUAGAACAGGGUAUCAAGGAGUCGUUCUUUUCCCCAUUUUCUGAUAUUCAUCAUUUAUAGCUUGAUGGUAGUAGGAGUGUCAGGUGUGCUGAUUUAAUCACUUGUCAUCCUUUGCCAUGCUAAUGAUGCUAUAGUCUGUGUUUACUAUUUGUGUCCUCUUGCCAUUCUUGAGGUUGCAAGACUGUUAUCCAACGACAAGCAAGCUGCACCAAAUGAAUUCUGCGCAGCGGAAAACCUGCAAUCUUGGUGGAAGAAGGUGUUCGAUGAGGGAGAGAAGCCCAAGUUAUUGGAUUUAAUUAAGAUGCUGAACCAAUAUUUCAGUUAUGCAGGUUGAAUUUGACCAUGUCUGCUUAUUGAUCUCGAGAUUGAGUGAACAUAUAUCCCAGCAGGUGCAGAGAGAGUUAACCACUGAUCCUAUGUGUGGGACUGUUCUAGUGGGUGAGGGUCACCCAUUGCAAAAUCUUUCAGUACAACAAAUAUUAUAUAUCAUAGUAUUAUAUAAGUGCAUAUACUCAUGCUUCGUGGCUAAUCUUUCGCUUGACUAUUUUACCCUUCAUUCUUAUUUAAAUUCCGUCAUUCUUUUCUUAUCAUUUUUUCAUUCAUUUUUAUUUCUCCCAAAUUGUUGGUACCCUUUCUAUUUUUUAUCAAAAUUUUUCUAAUGUUAUUUUUUAUCUCAUGACACAAUCUAUAUAUAUCAUUCUAUAUUUAUAUUUCCUAAGAAAAAGGGGCAAAAUCUACAUCUGUCUAUAGUUUCUCUCCCCAAAUUUUUUCUUUUUCGUAAAAUAUUCUCUCUCCCCAAUUGCUUUCUAAUGUCGUUUAGUUUAUCUUUCUAAUUUUUCUAUGUUUUUUGUAACAUUUGUCUUUUAAUAUAAUUAAAUAUUAGUUUAUUUAUUUUAUUCACUAAAAUUUUAGUUUCUUUAUUGGUGUCAAACUCUCACGCCUUCUCUCUCUCUCUUUCUUUUUAUGAAAUAUUUGUUAUUUAACACUUUCUUUGUUAAUUCUUUCUCUCUUCUUCUAUCUUGUCAUAAUUUAUAUCUUUUUAUAUCUAGAAAAUGGAGAAAAUCUACAUGUAGCUUCAAGCUUCGGUUCUUCUUUCUCUAUUUCAUUCUCCCUUUUCUCACUCUCUCUAUAUAUCCCGCCCAACAUCACCCUCUCUCCUUCCUCUCACCCCUUUCCAUCUUCGACUACAAUGACCAACCUUCUUUGUCUCUCUGGCGACCAUUGUUGAUCUCCCUCCCUCUGGUGCAACAAAUCAAAAUCCAAUCUGCUUCAUUUUUUUUUUUUUUUCCUUUUGUUGAUGCCAUGAAUGUUUAUUUGCUUGCUUCUGUAUUUAAGGUAGCUAAUUUACAUUGUGACCCAGUCAAUAGGGAGUUUAACUAAGACAACCCCAAUUACGAAUCUAAUGUGGUCUGGUUUUCAAGGAAAGCACAAGCCCUUAUGUUCUUAAUUUUAAGCAAUCUACAUAAUGCUUUAGAAGGAAUGCUGCCAUCAAGGUUUGUACUGUUACAUUGAGAUUAUUUAGUUUCAUUUUCUUUUUCUCUCCAGUGCAUUUGAUAUAAAUGCCUCACUGAUCUCAAUCUCCUGAAAGCAAAGAUCAAACUCUCAUCCCUCUCUCCAUUUAUGUCUCUGUGUGACUGCCCUUAUUUCCCUCUCUUAUCUCGUGCAUUUGCAGAAAGCCUUUUUCUUAAAUUUGUUGUCAACCACUGACCAAUCUUCCUCUCCCUCAUUUGCAGGGAGUUGAGUUCUUCGAAUUACUUUCAAGGUCAGAUUUUGCUUUCAGUUUGAAGUUGGGUUUUUUGGUUUCAAGCAUGUAGUGGCACCAUUCUGCCUUCUGAUUUAAUUUGCUUUGCUGUUUUGCUUAAUAUCUGCAGACAUCCAUUUCAAGAUUUUUGUUUCAUUCGUCUGAUGCUGGGUUUUACUUCAUGCAUGCAUGCAGUGAAGUGGACAAGGUUUUGCCUUCCGAGUGGGCUUUCGAUUUUCAUGAUUUGUGUGUUUAAGACCUGUUUAGUUUGUUCCUUCAUAUACUAAUUUCAGUAGCUUUUAUUGUUUUGCUUUAUUUAUUUUGAUUUAGAAGCUGUUUCUUUAUGGAAAAUGUUAGCGCCAAUUUUUCUACUUGGGUUUGUUCUUUUACUUUAUUGUUUUGCUUGGUUUGAAAGUAAUGAUCUGUUUAUUCAAAGCAGCCAUUCAAGAUUGCAUACAUGUAUCUCUUUUAACAUUGUGGGCGGUUUUUUCUUUUUAACUUUGCUUAUGAAUACAUAGAGGUCCACCUUUCAAAUUUGUUUUGUUUGGUUUUGAACUGUUUGUUUCAUUGCUACAAAUACCCGCAUCGAGGUGUUUCUUCUAAUGUGUUUAGGACAGAUUUUUUACCCUGUUUCUUUUUGCCCUUUUCUGUAAGGUUAUAUCCAAUUUGUUUUUUCCCCUUCAGAUGUGUGCUUCUUUCUUUAUGUGGAUCUUUGUUCUUCUUCAUCUUUACUUUUGUUCUUCUCCUUCCAUCAUUUGUUAAAUCUAUUUUCCUAAUAUCAAUUUUGUAGGCAUUUCCUGGACUGUACAACCCCUCUUUUUCUUUCUUUUCAGCCAUCCAAGUCAUUGGAUGAUUAAAAUUUUAAGACCUACUUUGAUGAUCAUUUGCAUUCACUUUGUCAUGGCUCAAUAAUUGUGCAAGGUGGGAAGUUGAGACACCAAAUUUGUUGUUUCAGGCUCUCGACAGCAGCCAACUUGAAGACGAAGUUAGAAAAAGGAAGGAAAAUUUGACUUGCAGAAUUGCUUCUUCUCAUAUUUGUUGGUUUACUAAAGUUGCACUGUAACCUAUAUUAACACGUCACAGCCGUAUAUAAUAUUUCAGAUUCUUUGAUUUUCAGUGAGUUUUAAGUCUUAAUCCUUGAUGUAUUUGAAUAUUAUGUGAUGGAAACCUUACCAAACCUUUUCUCUAGGAAUUGGGCUAAGGAAUUUUUUUUGGUACGGGUCUAAGGAAUUUGGUGACCUUCUUCUA